ACCUAACCGCAGCAAAGAGAUUUGGGUUUUUGUCGAUCUCACGAUGGCGGCUUCUUCUUCAGCUAGUAGAACUCGUUCAUCACUAUCGGACAAUAUCUUGAUUGAGAUUUUUACUUAUCUUCCUCUGAAUUCGAUCUAUAAGUUCAAAUGCCUCUCAAAGGUAUGGUUAUCAAACUUUUCAAGCCCUAAUUUCAUUUACAAAUGGUUUCAAAUCAAUAACAAAUCUCUCCCAUGGAUACACUAUCAUACAAUUGCUUACAGCGGUUCUAAGAGAAAAUUGGGAUUUAGAAAUGCAUAUAUUGAUUUACAUUCCGAGUUUAUGCAUAGAAAUGAACAUUUGUUCUCUUUUCAGUUUCUUAUGAAUGAGAAACCAUUUCUGGGAUGUAAAUUAGACCUGCUAGGUUCCAGUAAUGGUUUGGUGCUUUUUCAAUCAGUGCCACGUUCAGGUUAUCAGAAGAGGGGGUAUUAUGUUUGUAAUCCACUUACUCAGAAAUGGGUUUCACUUCCUUCCCCACCGCGUUCCAAGGCUAAAGGAGGACUUGCUACCAGUGGUAUAUUUUGUGAUAAUUCAUCAUUUAACAGUAGUUGUUAUAAGGUUGUGCAUAUCCCAGAAUUCGAUACGCCUUCCAAGAAUUUUAAUGUUGAUCUGUUUUGUUCUGAUUUGGGUGUAUGGAAAAGUUUUCAAGUUUCUUGUGAUGAAAAUGUUCAGUGGAGGCAGUCUAUGUACCGUGAAGUUGUUAUUCUUAAUGGUGUUCUGUUUCGAAUUGAAAAAUUGAAGAGAAUGUUUGUUUACAAUCUCAAUCAGAACAACGGAAGUGGUGGACAUCAAUGUAGUGUGAUUAACAUGCCAGAUGAGGAGUCUGGUCUUCUUAACUUCAGUGGAUGUAUUGGAGAGUCAGAAGGAGGGGUUUGUUACACUAAAACCACAUGGAAAGGAAUGGAAAUGGUUAUGAGUAUUUGGGUGCUCGACAAGGUUAACUGGCAAAUAUUACAUAAGGAUAUUUCAGUAAACAAUAUCUUUGCAGAAUUUCGUCGGGUAGGUGAUGCAGCCCCAGUCCAUGUUUUAGGUUUCAGUCCAGUAGACCGUAAUGUUGUUUUUUUCGGUUGCAAGGACUGGUUAUGGGGGUUCAAUAUCCAAACCAGAAGCCUUGAAGAGCUCUGCAUGGGUAACGGACACUUAUCUAAUCCAUGUUUGAUGGUCCAGCCGUUUGUGCUAAAGCCAAUGCCAACAGUACUUCCACCGCCCUCGUGUGAUUGAACUUAAAAGUGAUCUUUGCAUUUCAUAUGCAGAAAGGACGAAGACAGCGGAAGUAACUCUCGGACCAAUUAUUAAGAAGCUUUCAGUCAAUUGAUUAUGGAGUUGUUGCUUUGGUUUAUUUUUGAGUGCAAUUCUUUCGACAUGGUUUGUGAAUAUCAUCUUAUUGUUGAAAUGAAAUAUGGGUUUCUUAUAAUUUUCUCUGUGUAGUAAUAGUUUUCUUGGAUUAGCACUGCCAACAUUAGAAUCGCUUAGCUUGUAACAUUGUUAAGAAAAUGCGCUUCUUAGGAUUUCAUAGGAGGUGCUCUGCAGAAUUUGAGAUACAGACUGCAUAUAAGUGUCUCUUUAUUCCAAGUUUGGUGUAACAGAUGUUUAUAGCAUCUUUUGUUUUUCGUUAUGGUGUUUGGUGUUGUACUACACGGGUUUAAAAGAUUAUCAGUUGACUAGAUGUUACCGUUUUUGUUCUCUCCA